GACAUCCCUAGUUUACACUACUUUAUUUUAAAUGUAAAUCUUGACAAAUGCAAUGCAUAACUGGGUGUUCUGUCUUUAAUCUCACAAAAUCCGAAUUCUGAGAUUAAAGUCUUACCAAAAGUAAAAAAGUGAGAGUUUCGACUAAACUCAGAAUUCUAAACAAAAAGGUCAGAAUUCAGCUUCAGGCGAUAGGAAAGUCUGCAUUCCCCUCUCCAGCAUCCCUCCUUCUCACAGACGAUCUUUGAAGCAUGCCUCGUCAUCUUUCCACAUUGCGCAUACUGAUUAUGUCAGCAGCAGGCGACGGGACAGCCUAUGGUCGGCAGCAGGUUUACAGAGAUGGCUGCGGGCAUGGAGCGGAGCCGCGGCGGCGGAGCUGGGUGUCCCCGGACAGGGAAGAGCUGGUGGCUGCUCGCGGUGCUCCUGCUCUCCGUGAGCUCCCUGCCGGUGGCCUCCGGGCUGGUGGAGGGCCUGUACUGCGGCACCGAGGUCUGCUACGAUGUGCUCGGAGUCUCCCGGGAGGCCGUCAAGCUGGAUAUCGCACGGGCUUACCGGCAGCUGGCCCGCCGGUACCAUCCGGACCGGUUCAGGCUCGGAGAGCCCGGCUAUGAGGGAGAGACCCGGGAGUCCGCCCACACGAAGUUCCUGCUCAUCGCCACUGCGUACGAGACGCUGAAGGUGGGUCAGUCUCAGAGAGGGUGUCCCUUCAGAGGACACUCUCAUGUCCAGCAGCGAGCUUUGAGACUUGUGUGUCUCUUUGUGUCCCUGGGUGUUUUUUAUGUCGAGUAAAGCUGCUA